GAGCCGCUUCCUUCAAGUGCGCUGGGGCGGCUGCAAAAGCUCUCUGUAGAAACGAGAGGAGAACUCUCGGAUUUUCGUCCGGCUCCGGGCGGGCAGCGGCGCAUCCCAUCCGCCCGUGCAGGGGACGAAACGUCCAGCUCUUUGCUUGCUUGGGUCCGCUGGGGCAAGGGAAGCGCGAGCACCGUUCAUUUCUAAAUGCUUCGAAAGAGGUUCCCGUGUGGGUUAUUUUCAAUAGGAUGCCUUUGACUGGGGAUCCAGGACAACCUCAUCCCGACCUCUGAAUGCAAGAUCAAGGUGAAGCUACACUGCAGGGUUGUUGUAAGCUGCGUCACAGGCUGUCUCUCCAAUUGGCGGCAUGGGGAUGAUGAUCUCUCGGUUAAGUCUCUACAGCGCAAAAGAGCAACCGCGCGCAAGGAGACCCGAGCUGGAGCAGGCUCCUCUUGCUAUCCGGCCGCGGCGGUGCUAAAAUCUUGGACAGGUCCUUACAGUUCUCCAUCCUUCUCUAACCUUUCAUUUUGGAGCUUGCGGACGCGGAAGUCCCCAGCUGGAACUUGAAGCGGGCUGCUCUACACUUUUUAUAUCUGUUUGCGUUAGACUCCCGCAAAUCAACCGAACUGCUCCUGCGGGCGUGGCCUUGUGGCUCGAAUGGGCGGAAAGGGAGAAACCACGUGCCUAGCUUGAUCCAAUCAGAAGCCUAAUUGCGACCACAACCCGGAAGAGGCCGUUCCUCCGGAUUCCACGUGGUUUUGCACAGUUGCCCCCGCGUGGAUGCAGCAGCGGUCUGCGCAAGAUGGCCGAAGAUGUGGAGACAGGUGAAGCGCUGGAGAUGAAUGAGGGUGAGGAGGCUUCCACCGAGGAGGAGGGGAAGCGACGGGGCAGGAAAAGGCCCCCAGCCUCUGCAGGCGUCUUGCAGCCAGUGAAGCUGUGCAAAGCGGAGCUGUACAAGCCACCCACCAAUGAAGAACUGAGUCGCCUGAAGGAGACCGAAAACCUGUUCCAUUCCAACCUUCUGCGCUUGCAGAUAGAGGAACUUUUAAAAGAGGUGACGCUCAAGGAGAAGAGGAAACACAAAAUCGACUCCUUCCUCCACGAAAUCAAUGCUUUGCUGAGCGCAGUUCCAGAGACUCCAGAAAGAAAUAUCACGGACCAGUCCUGGCUCCCAAAGGGGGUGAAGGUGCCGCUUCUGCAGCUCCCCUUCAGCGUGAAGGGCAGCUUCCGCUUCCUGCCGCCGGCGGCGGUGAAGGUGGUGGGGAGUUACCUGCUGGGCACCUGCAUCAAGCCGGAGGUCCAUGUGGACGUGGCGAUGGUCAUGCCCAGGGAGAUCUUCCAGGACAAGGACCACCUUAACCAGCGCUACCACCGCAAGAGGGCGCUCUACCUGGCUUGGGUUGCCCACUGUCUGGCGAAGGAAACGCUCUUCGGCAGCGUGAAGUUUGCCUACAUGAACGGAAACCACCUGAAGCCGCUUGUUCUCUUGCAGCCCCAAGGGAAAGAUGCCAAGAUGCUGACGGUUCGCCUCUUCGCCUGCCCUGCCGAAGGGGUCUUCAGGCCCAGCCGCCUGCAUCCCAGCAAGAACAAUAUCCGCACCGCCUGGUUCCUGGAGAAAGACUCACCUGUGGCAGGAGCGGUGGAACCGCCGACGCCUCACUACAACAACUCGAUUCUGUGGGACCUGGCGAUGGAGUCCAACCUGGCCUUCCUCGCCGGGGCAGCGACAGACUUUCAAGGCAUGCGGGAUGGCGUGUGUCUCUUCAAAGUCUGGCUACACCAGCGGAAGCUUGAUAAGGGCCUUGGGUGCUUCAGCGGCUUCCUGGCCUCCAUGCUGGUGGGAUUCCUCUUGGCCACGCACAAGAUCAACAAAGUGAUGAGCGGUUACCAGGUGCUGCGGAACGCCCUCCAGUUCUUGGCAACGACGGACCUCAGUCAAUCCGGAAUCAGCCUCGCGAAGGAGGACGACGUCACGCUGCCUACGCUGGCUGACUUCCACAAGGCCUUCCAGGUGGUCUUUGUGGACCCUUCCGGGCUGGUGAACCUGUGUGCGGAUAUGACUGUCAACACAUACAGACAGGUCCAGUUUGAAGCCAAGCGCUCCAUGGAAGUUCUGGAUGACAAAACAGUGGACGGAUUCCAGCUGCUCUUCAUGACCCCCAAGCCGCUCAUCCAAGCCUUUGACCACGUCUUCCACCUCCGGCACGUCUCAAAGCUGCAGCUGGCCUGCAAGAAGUUGCAGCUUCUCAGUGAGCUGAUGGACCACGGCGGGAACUACGUGGCCGCCACGCUGCCUUUCCUCCUCGGCUUGCUGGAACGGGGGCUGGCCCAGAGGGUUCUGCUGCUGGCGCACAGUCUUCCCGAGACCCCGCCGUGGCCGAUCAACGCGGAUCCCCCAAAGCACAAAGAUGCGGGGUGCCUGUCGCUGGGGCUCUUGCUGAGCCCCGACUUUGCAAGCAGCGUCUUGGAGAGGGGCCCCGAAGCGGAUCGGCCGGAGGCAGUGGAGUUUCGGCAGUUCUGGGGCGAGCGCUCCGAGUUGAGGCGCUUUCAGGAUGGGGCCAUCUGUGAGGCCGUUUUGUGGGACGCGCCGAACGUGAGCCAGAAGCGCCGCAUUCCGGAGCGGAUCGUUCGUCACCUGCUGCAGCUGCACAUGGGCAUUCCAGAGUCCUGCAUCUGCUACACUGGCACCCGGCUGGAGGCAGUGAUCCAACAGGGUCGCGAGCCAACAGGAACCGGAGAGGAGGCCACCGUGAGCUUGGUCCGUUCCUACGAUGACCUGAGCCGCAAGCUGUGGAAACUGGAGGGGCUGCCGCUGUCAGUGACGGCUGUGCAGGGGGCCCACCCGGCUCUUCGGUGCACAGAUGUUUUCCCUCCUGUGCCCAUGAAGCCAGACUACGCCUAUCAUGCCAGAAGCAAGGACCGCGAGUCGCUUCUGCCCUUGGAGGAGAAGCCGUGCCCGGCCUAUAUCGCCCCAGUGGAAGUGAUAUGCCACAUGGAGGGCAGUGGCCAGUGGCCCCAGGACAAGGGAGCCAUCCAGCGGGUCAAGGCCGCCUUCCAGCUGCGGCUGGCAGAGCUCCUGAAGCAGCAGCACCAGCUGCUCUGCCGGGCCGCCCCCACCUACACGGACGUGUAUAAGGAUGGCUAUGUCUUCCGUCUCCGAGUGGCCUACCACCGCGAGCCCCAGAUCCUGAAGGAGGUGGUCACCCCAGAGGGGAUGCUGAAAUACGAGGACAACGAGGAGUCCCGGCAGCUGGAACUGGAGACCCAGCAUUUGCCGUACCUGACCAGCUGCCUUCAUGGCCUCCAGCAGCAGCACCCCGCUUUCGGCAGCACCAGCCGGCUGGCCAAGCGCUGGAUCCGUGCGCAGCUGCUGAGCGACAGCCUCUCCGAGGAGUGUGUGGAUUUGCUGGUGGCCUUCCUCUUCCUGUGCCCAGCGCCCUUCACUGCACCCAGCUCUCCCCAGGUGGGCUUCCUUCGCUUCCUUCACCUGCUCACCACCUUCGACUGGAAGAACAGCCCCCUCGUGGUGAACCUGAACGCGGAGCUCAAAGACGCCGACUCCGUGGAGAUCAGGAACCAUUUCGUGGCGGCCCGGCCCCGGCUGCCGGUCAUGUUCAUCGCCACCCCCAGGGAUCAGCGGCGCUCCAUGUGGACCCAGGCGAGGCCUUCAGCACAGAUCCUGCAGCGACUCCUGGUGUUGGCUCUGGAGUCUCUCCGGGCUCUGGAGGAGCAGCUGAUGGACCCCCUGGGAGGCCAGGAUGUGAAGAUGGUCUUCCGCCCCCCGCUGGACCCUUACGAUGUCCUCAUCCACCUGAACCCCAGGCAGAUCCCCAGGCACUUGGAGGCCGUGGACCGGCCGGUCAAAUCCUUCAGCCGGGGGAUGCUGAGAAGCGAUGCGGCGGUGAAGACCUCGGCUUUCCCCGUGGUGGAUUAUGACCCGGUGCAGCUCUUCCUCCAGGAGUUGCGGGAAGCCUUUGGCGCCCUUGCCCUGUUCUUCCACGACCAGCACGGCGGAGAGGUCAUCGGGGUCCUCUGGAAGCCCUCCGCCUUCCAGCCGCAGCCAUUCAAGGUAUCAAACAUGAAGGGAAGCAUGCUGCUGGCCCUCAGCACCGAGCCCCAGACAAUUCCCAAUGUGGCGGCCAUUUUGGAAGACUUUGAGAUUUUGGGAGGAGGACUGGUCAAAUCGGUGGAGGCUUCUACCGAGAAAUGGUCCAUUUAGAAGCUCGUGGGACCCUGCAUCGUGUCUCCUGUGCUCCUCUGGAGGAAUUCUCACACAGAACUUUUCUAUUUCGAAAUCUCUUGGCGGAAAGGAAUUUUUAUUAUGCUGAUAACUUUGCUCCAUGCCAUUUCCUCCUACAAAGGCCUCCAGUUUAGGUAGCCCUGACAUCUCUCGUAAAGGACACGUUAAUUGCAGAAGCGCUAUUAAAUCCUUUUGCCUCCAA